AUGGUAAAUAAAAUACUAGAUCCAAUCUUUAGAUUAUACGAUCCGAUUCGUUAUUCGUUUAACAAGAAAAAAGAGGAUUAUAUUAUCAUCUCACCCACUGUUGGUUCUAAAUCCCAAUUGAAUGAUGGUGGUAGAAUUACCUUCGAAAUAAAUUCAUUAUCGAAUUGGUUGCUUCUUUCCGAUGCUUAUUUCAGAUGCGAUUUCAAAAUUAAAGAUGGAACUCAGAAUCAAGUUCCACAAACUCCCAAUGAAAAUCGUGUACCACAAACAAAUACAACGUUAAAAAACAAUUUCUUUCCAUCUUUAUUUAGCCAGGUGGUUUUGGAAGCUGGAUCAAAUCCAAUAGAAACAAUUAUACACCUUGGGGAAUUCGACACAAUGUUGAAAACAGUUUUAUAUCCUAAAGAUUUCGAUUCAGUCUCAGAUGAUCUAGAUGAGGCAGAAGACCCGAUGGAAUUAUUUACCACUAUCUUACAAGAUGUAUCGGGUCAGGCGAUUCGUAAAACCUCGGCAACUCCAAAACGAUUCAAUAAACCAUGGUUUAACGAAGACUGUAAGACAGCACUGAAAGAACGUAAUCGUGCUCUGCGACUGAUUGAACGUUCUCCUACCGCUGACAACAUGGCCUCUUUCCGCAUUGCACGGGCGAAAGCCAGGCGGACUAUCCGUCAAGCAAAGAGGUCGUCAUGGCAGGAGUAUGUUUCAAGGAUCAACAGUCGCACGUCUUCCAAAUCAGUCUGGGAUAGGAUUCGUGGGAUCAAGGGUAAAGCGGAUACAAUAUCUGUGAACCAUUUAGAGAUCAGAAUAAGAACAGAAGAAAACCCAAUAUCAAGACCCUUAAUCCUAAUUUCUAAAUAA